AUGUGCGUUCCAGAAAUCCUGCUCUGCAUCCACCGCCACGCUCGUCAAAGACGGCCCGAUCUACCGGGGACCAGCUACCGCUUCGAUCCGGCCGCAACGCCCACGCCGCCGAAGGCCAGCGCUCGCCAAACCGCGCUCGGCAGCGGAACUCAGCAGCAGAUCUUCAAACGUAGGUCGUCGAGGUUCCCUCGCAGGUGCGACCCACCACGUGCUCGAGUCCCGUCCGGUGUUAACCGGAGAGCAGCAACAGCAGCAGCAGCAAGUGAUGACGUCGUAGACGCCGUCCGCAGCAAGACCACCAAACCACCGAGUUUCUCCGAAACCGUCGACCAGCGGCAGAAGAACAGGUAUCGAGACGACCACGUGAUCGUCGACCGCGAACGCCAAGCAAACCACGCAGAGAUCAGCUGGGCAAAAGAGAAGUCGGCGUUGACGAGUCACGUAGCAGCUAUGGACCACUCGUUCGGGAUCGACUCCGUGCUGGCCGAAGAAGCCCACCCGGUUGAGGAUCUGGAUGCCGGUGCGUGCCGCGAGCUCCUGUCCGGCGCCCAGAGCAAACUUUCGUCGGCCGCUACUGAUGUGGAACGCGCCGAGGCUGAAUUGCCGUUGAAGUGGCCAAGGCUCUCGUCAAGGCUGUCGAAUAAGGUGCGAGCAAAACACCAACCUGCCGGUGAAUCCGUGUCCAGUACCCGUCCUUACAUUUAG